AUGUGGACCAACAAGUUGUUCUUCAUUCUUACAGUCGUAUGCAUCGCCGCGUUGGGCACAGCUCAAACAUUGCCGUCGCAACCUGUUCCUGGACAGGGCCAAGAAGAUUGCUGGUCAUCGCUAGAAGCAAUCCCCGACUGUUUCCCAGACAUUUUCAGAUCUUACAUAAAUGGGGAAAUCGGACAUGUUGAUUCCUCUUGCUGCCAUGCCUUUUUGGGCCUAAAUUCUGAUUGCGUCCCUCAGAUGUUUGUCAACGAUCCCUUCUUCCCUGUGGCUCUUAUAGAUCAUUGUUCCCAACAAUAA